UAACCUCACAGCGUCAUAGUUACGCGGCAACCUUUCAUGGAAUAUAGACAAGCUUUAGGGUUGAAGGGUGAGCCUGGAAAGGAGCUUAAAAUGCAAAACGUGACGUUUGCUCAUACCCCGAGCUCGGCAGCAGAAGACACGACACCUGGAGAGAAAAAUGAGUGUGGAAAAAACCCCAAGGACGAUGCAGAUUCGCUCAGAGACGUUCCUGUGGAACUGAAGCUUGAGUUCCUCAGAGCUCUGAGGGCGAGAGACUUCCAGCAGGCCAAAAGACUAUGCAAUAUGAUUCUCAUCUAUGAACCACAUCAUCCAGAAGCUUCCGAGUUCCUCCCUCUGAUCCAAAGGAAGCUGCUAGAAGAGCAACAGGCAGACCAAGACAGCGACGACAGUGAUAGUGACGAUGAGGCCGAUGACCCUGGAUGUGAUGAGGAAUGAUGUCGGAAUUCAGUCUGCUUGUCCUCACCGUCAAAUGAAGAUGGUGGAAGUGGAUGGGAAAAGCAAGUGAACUGACAUAUAGCCGUUGUGUUUGAUAAUUAUGCCUCAAUCAGAAUCCAAUUUCUUCAAUUCCACUCCUUCAAGAUAAACUGAAUUAGAUCACGACCACUUAGUAACUCCAAAACACAAACACCUGUGCAAAGUCUAUCGAGCAGGGGUGUCUAAUUUGCAGUCUUGGGCACAUUGUGGCGUUGGUUUCUGAUACCAGACAAAUGAAUAACCGUCUCAUCACAUUAUUACAUUGUGACAACAAAUUGAUAGAUGAAAAGAGGAGAAAUAUUACCGU